UGUUGGACUAAUUGAAUAUUAUACAUGCAUAUACGAUGGUUUUUAGUUCUACAGAGUUGAUCAAGUUUCAUAGACGGGUAUAAACAGAUCACUAAUAAGUAGGCUAAGGCUUGCUAAUACACUUAUUGUUCGUGAGGAUCAGAAUGAAGAUAGUAGCAGUGGGGCUAGUGCUCUUGCUCGCCACCGCUGCAAAUGUGAUGAGUGAGAUUAAUCAACCUCAGUGCAUAGAGAAAGAGAAAGAGGCUCUCCUCAGCUUUAAGCUAUCUCUACAUGAUCCUGGAAAUCUUCUUUCUUCUUGGAGCAAUAAUGGCACGAACCAAAAUUGUUGCGAUUGGAGCUUCAUCACUUGUGACGACCAAACCAACCAUGUCAUUGCCCUUAAUCUUACUAAUUAUGAUCAUCAUGCCAACCCUGUGGGUGGUGAGCUUGGCUCUUCCUUGGCUGAAUUGCAGUAUUUGAGCUACUUGAACCUCUAUGGGAUGAGUUUUACUCGAAUUCCAAAGUCUAUUGGCUCUUUGACAGAGCUUACAUAUCUCGGUCUUGGAGAGAAUCCUAUCCAUGGAAUUAUUCCUCCACAGCUUGGAAAUCUCUCCAAAUUGCAAGUUCUUGAUCUAUCAAGCUCUUCUCAAAUGGUUGUUGACAAUCUUGAAUGGCUCUCCCAUUGCACUUCUUUGAUGACCAUUUUCAUAUCAAAUUGUCUGCUUCCUAAGGUAGAUACUUCCUCUCUUUCCUUCACAAAUAAUUCCUUCCUUUUCCUUAAAUCUCUUCAACUGUCUGAAAAUUCUAUACACCCUUCAACAAUUACUUGGUUAUUAAAUUCUAGUAUCAAUCUUGAGAAGCUUGUGCUCACAAAUAAUGUCAUAGAGGGAACCUUUCCAAAUUCCUUUGGACACAUAAAAUCUCUUGAAUAUGUUGACUUGUCAGGGAAUGAACUUGGAAUAAUGGGAGUACCAAAAUCCUUGAGCAACCUUACAAAACUUAAGUACUUAGAUUUGUCUCAUAACAAUCUUAAAGGAACUUUACAUGAUCUUUUAGGAAACCUAUUAGGAUCAACCAAAAGCUCUUUAGAAAAUUCGUUCAAUUCUAUAUUUGUUCUUGAUUUUUCUCACAACCUUUUAUCUGGAAGCAUUCCUGCUGAUUAUUGGGGGAAUUUUCAGUUUUUGAUUGUUCUAAAUUUAGCACACAACAUGUUGUCUGGAGAGAUCCCAAGCUCAAUUAGUAUGCCAAUCCUUCAAACUCUUCAAUUGAGCCACAAUAACCUCUCAGGAACUUUGCCUUCUUCGUUGAAAACAUGUGGUUUUCUACGAAUUCUAGAUUUAGGGUCAAACAAUUUGACAGGACCAAUACCACCAUGGAUCGGAGAAAUACCAAAAAUAUUGGUUUUACUUAGUUUGAAGUCAAAUAAUUUUUAUGGAAGUAUACCAUUGAAUCUUUGUAAUGUUUCAACAAUGCAAAUUUUAGAUCUCUCCUCAAAUGAUUUAUCGGGGUCCAUUCCUUCUUGCAUUAAAAAUUUCAAAGCAAUGGUUGAAGAUUAUUAUGAUCCAAAGACCAUUAUUCCUUCAAUUCCUGUUGUAACUACUACCCCAGGAGUAGGGUUUGACGAUUCGUAUAUAAAUACUGCAUCAAUUAUAUGGAAAGGAACACAGUACGAAUAUGAUAAAAAUUUGGGAUUAUUACGAAUCAUUGACCUAUCAAAUAACAAAUUGAAUGGUGAGAUUCCUAUCGAAGUGUCUCAUCUUUCUCAACUACGUCAACUAAAUCUGUCAUGCAAUAAUUUUUCGGGUGGAAUUCCUAGAAAUAUUGGAAACUUGAACAAGCUAGAAUUGCUUGAUUUGUCUCGCAAUAAAGUUUUUGGUGAAAUUCCCACAAGCCUGGCUGAAAUAUCUUCUUUGAAUUAUUUGGAUCUGUCAAAUAAUCGAUUGUCAGGAAGAAUUCCUACAGGCACUCAAUUGCAAACUUUUGAUCCAUCUCGAUAUACCAUGAAUUUUGGACUCUGUGGACCUCCAAUAUCAAGAUCAUGCCCAGGAGAUGAGCCAUCUGAUCCUCAAUCUCCAGCUAAUGAUAGUGAUCAAGGUGCCCUCAAACCUAAUUAAAUCCCUUAACAGACA